AUGGUGCGGCUCAUCUGGCGCGUGCCGGGGCAGGACCGCAUCGCGGCGGCAGUAUCUGAGAUCGCCCAUCCCUGCAGCCCCCCUGUCACGUCGUUCGAUGUCUUCGUCGAGACGCUGGACGCCGUCAGGGAGAUAGAGGCUAUUCUCACGAUGCCGACGUGCCAGGCCGGCGGCGCGUCACCCAAGGGGAUCGGGGUGAUCUUCGCGCCGGGGAGCGGGGCGCAGGAGUACAAGGGGAGGCUCAUGAGUCAGUUGGCGCACACGUUCGCGCAAGCGGGCUGUCCGUCCGUGCGCUACACCGUGAAAGCCGGGAAGGUCGUUGCGGAGGCGCGGAGGUCCAUGGCGUUCCGGCUGGCGCUGGACACGCUGCGGUCGUCGCCGCACGUGUCUGGGAUCAAGCGUUGGGUUGUCCUGGCGUCGGGCACGGGGGCGCGCGUGGCGGCGAACAUCGGGAAGGACCUACAGCAGUCGGGAGACGAAGAUGUCGUCGGCUACGUUUUCUUCGGGUGCGGGUUCUCGUCGGCGGCGCAGGAGGACCUCGACUGCCUGCGGGACCUGCAAACGUGCAGCCAGCGGCCCUGCUUGUUCUACGUGCCCUCCGACGACAGCAACGCGGCUCUGCAGGGGCUCCGCGCGGCGCCUGCCGCGAGCGGCUGUCCCAUGCACUAUUUGAGGAAGGAUCAUCUGCGCUUCGUCCACGCCAAGGCCGACGCCGGCAUGAAGGUCAACGCCAAAAGCGGCAAAUACUCCCCGGCGACGGUGGACGAGGUCGACGUGACGGUGGCGCAGUGGGCCGAGGCGGUCGUUGCUGGCGACGCCGCGAAGCUCAAGGACAUCGGCGUAGCGCUCGACGAGGCGCUGGCCCAGGCACCAGCGGCCGCGGCGAACGACACUGAGGGCGAACCCGCACCGGCCGAGUGA